AUGAAUCAGGAUAAUCAGUUUGAUGAAGUUGAAGAUAGAGGAAGUGCAGAUGAGGAAUGGGAGCCAAAACCUGGGAUGGUUUUUGAUUCACUUGAUAAUCUUCUCCAAUACUAUAGAAGUUAUGGGAAUAGAAUGGGGUUUGAAGUUAUUAUAAGAUCCUCAAGGAAAGGAGAUGAUGGAGAGAUGACAAACGCAGCACUGGCUUGUUCUUGUAUUGGGAAGUCGAGUAGUAACACCCGAAAUGCUUUUAAAUUAUACCCAGUGACAAAGACGGAUUGUAAGGCUCGGGUUGGUGCAGCCAUACGUGGUAAUGGAAAAUGGAAAAUAUGUUCAGUGGGGUUGAAUCAUAACCAUGAGCUUAGUAGCCCAACGAAAACUAGAUAUUUCAGGAGCAAUCUUGGUAUACAACCAUACUUGAAAAGGAGACUUGCAGUAAAUGAUACGGCCGGGAUUAGGCCGAAUAAAAAUUUCAAUUCCAUGUUAGUUGAAGCAGGCAGUCCUGAGAAUUUGACUUUCUUGCAAAAAGAUUGUAGGAACUAUAUUGAAAAAGUUAAAAGGAUGCGACUUGGUGCCAGGGACGCUUAUGCAAUCCAAAAAUAUUUUUUAAAGAUGCAAAAAGAUAAUUCAAAUUUCUUUUACAUGAUGGAUUUAGAUGAGAAGGGUCAAUUACAGAAUGUUAUAUGGGUGGAUGCAAGAAGUAGGGCUACAUUUAAGGAAUUUGGCGACGUUGUCACAUUUGACACUACAUACUUGACCAACAAGUAUGAUAUGCCAUUUGCGGCGUUUGUUGGUGUUGACCAUCAUGGGCAUUCAACACUCUUAGGUUGUGGGUUAAUCUCCCAUGAGGACACGGAGACUUUUGUUUGGCUUUUUGAAUCUUGGCUUGCAUGUAUGUGGAAUUGUGCUCCAAAUGCAAUAAUCACUGAUCAAGACAAGGCAAUGCAAAAUGCAAUUGAGAUUGUGUUUCCUGCUACACGGCAUAGCUGGUGUUUGUGGCAUAUAAUGAAGAAAUUACCAGAAAAGUUAAGGGGUUACAGCGAAUACGAACGUAUUAAGUUUGCUUUGCAAAAUGCUGUGUAUGAUUCAUUGACACGUGAGGAGUUCGAUCAACGUUGGACUGGAUUCAUUGAUAAAUACAACCUUCACAACAAUGAGUGGUUACUUGGACUGUAUAAUGAAAGACAACAUUGGGUGCCAGCGUUUGUAAAAGACACCUUUUGGGUAGGUAUGUCUACCACUCAAUGGAGUGAAAGUACGCAUGCAUUCUUUGAUGGGUAUGUAAAUUCUAAAACCACUUUGAAACAGUUUGUAGAACAGUAUGAGAAUGCAUUAUGUGAUAAAGUAGAAAAAGAAAAGGAGGCUGAUUUUAGAUCAUGGAAAUCAUGGAUUCCUUGCAUAACCGGUUAUCCAAUGGAGAAACAAUUUCAGGAGGCACACACGACUGCAAAAUUCAAAGAGUUUCAGCAAGAGCUUACUACUAAGUUGCAUUGUGAGAUAUCUUCUUUCUGGACCACUGAAUCUGAAAUAGAAUAUAUUGUAAAGGAAGUUGUCGUGGUUGGGGAGACAUGUCGUAGUGUGCUUUUUGUGGUUUGCUAUAAUGAUCAUGGUUGUGAUGUUCGUUACAACUGUCGAUUGUUNCUUAUCUGUUUUGACAGUCUUGACAUAAGCUGA